AUGGUCCAUACCAGAUUUUCGUCUUCCUCUGGUUCUCCUGCUUAUUCAAAAAACAGCCCUCAAAAUAUAAAAAAAGAUAAUAAGAAGAGACCAUUGAGUGGUCAGGUUGAAGGUAAAAAGACUACUAAACAAAAAAAGCCAAAAUUGGCAAAUGCUGAUCAUAUAAUUCCACCGCUACAGGGUAUGCAAUACAUUGUUCCUCCUGAAAAUCAUAAUCGAGCAAAAUGUCAUGCCAUAAUCAAGCACAACCAGAUUACUGCUCUUCAUCAAUUGUUAUCUCCAAAACAAAUUUCUGAUUUCGCUGAUUCUUGUUUUGGGCAUUUUCUAUCCUUGCCAUCCUUUGUCAUGCAGUAUCAGCUAAUUCAUAAUUUACUGCUUAGGGAGUUGAAACAACCCAACCCUCAUGAGAUUUGGAUUGGUGUAGCUGGUAUGAAACUUCGGUUUGGGAUAGAGGAGUUUGCACUAGUCACGGGCAUUCGUUGUGUUGGAUCACAUGACAAGCAAGAAUAUGCUAGGCCAAGCAAUAGUUUCCUUAACACCUAUUAUAAAGGUAUGAAAAAGGUAACUAAGGAAAAUGUGCGUGAGAUGUUAUUUAAUAAAGCGUGGAAGAAUGAUGCGGAUGCAGUGAAGCUGGCCAACAUCUACUUGCUGCACAUCUUUUUGCUUAGCUCCUCUUCCUUGGAUACUGUCAUUCCCCAAGCUGACUUUGAUAUUUUAGAUAGUGGGGAAUUUGGUCAGUUUCCUUGGGGUAAGGAAGUUUUUAAGGUUACCAUUGAGUCAUUGAAGAACAAUUUUGGAAAGAAAAAUAAAGAUAAUUUUUACAGGCUAUAUGGAUUUCCAUAUGCCUUUCAAGUAUGGUUUUACGAGUGUUGCCCAUACUUGAAUGGCAACUUUUGUCAUCUCAAUGCUGGAUCUAUCCCACGCAUCAUCAAUUGGACAAAUAGCGAAAAUAUUAAGUUUGAUAAAGUAUCUUAUACUUUAUCAAUGAGUUGUGCUGAGCUCCAACUUCGAAAUAUCACUCCAACUGCCAAGGAAAGGAAAAAACUUCACUUGGAAGAAUUAUUUCCAAAAGGCAAGCAGUUGGAAGUUGAUGGCAACCUUGCUGCUAAUGCUGGUGCUAGAGUUGCAGCAUCUGGUUCUGGAGUUGCACCUCAUUCUGUUAGAGUUGCAGCAAAUGUUUGUCCAAUUGCUAAUGUUAGUGAUGAUGAUUUUGUGAACCCUCCUCCUCGAUCAUUCGCAGGUGCUUCCUCAUCUUCUAUGCCUCAGUUCUCUCUACGUGAAAUGCAAGCCCAGUUGUCAAGAUUAGAAACAAGUCACAAGGUUCUUGUUUCUGAUGUUGCUUCUAUAAAGACAAUUGUUAAUGGAUUAAGAUCUCAUUUUGACUCAUCCAUUUUAAAGCUGCAUGACCUUAUUCUUUCCCAUAUUUUGGGAAAACAGGGUGAAAGUUCCAAUGAUGAUAUUGAAAGAAGAAGUAAGGCGAUGCAUGAUGAAUCUAAUGUUGGUGAUAAGGAGGAAGAGGUUGCCACUGAUUGUGUCAUUGAGGAAAAGUCUGAUGAUGAAGAGGAUGAGGAUGAGGGUGAGGAUGAGGAUGAGGAUGAGGAUGAGGGUGAGUCUGAUGAAGAAAAUGAUGGUUUUGAUCAUGAUGAUGAUGAUGAAGAUGCAGAUGAUGAUCCUGUUGGAGAAGACAAAAAUAGUAAAGAUAGAGAAAAAGAAGAUCAUACUUAUAUUGCAUGCCCUAGUGGAGUUAAAGAUGUUAGUAGUGGGCACAAUGAAGAUGAUAAUGUUGUUGAUUUUUCUGAUGAUGUUGACAGUUCACAUCAGGUUGCACCUAAGAUUUUGGGGGUUGCAGAUUUUGUAACUGAGGUUGAAAAUGUCACCACAGCUGUUGGAGAGAUUGAUAAAGACGUUGCAUCUCAUUUUUCAAAUGUUGCAGAAUUAGAAACUGAGGUUGCACCUAAUCUUCCUGAAGUUGCACCUGAUCUUCCAGAGGUUGCAGAGGAUGUCAACGAGGUUGCAGGAACUAUUUCAUCCCAGUGUUCUUUUGAUAGUUUGUCUGACACGGCAUUGGAGGAGGCUAUGCAAAAUGCUAUUAAUGCUGUAAAAGCAAUCAAGACUCCGAAGGAAUCUACUCCUCAUUGCACUGCUAUUGUUCCAUAUGUUGGUAGUGGUGGUAGUAACUUGGGAUAUGUUACUCCUAUUUUGCCAAGAAGAACAAUCAAGCUGCCUUUCUACUUGCAAUCUCCAUUUGUGCAGAAUUUUGAUUCUACUUCUGCUCAAAGUAGUGAGGCAAAAUCUGGUGGAGAUAUUAAGAUUAUCAAAGGGUUUUGCCCAUUGGAUGACAAAAUUGGAGAAUUGCCAGACUAUGAGUUAUCCCAAGAUUUCAACAAAUGGCUUGAUUAUGGAAUGAUAGCCAAGAACAAGGUGAAAAUGUAUUCAAAGGAAGACAACCUCAUUAUCCCUGGUCUACAACUCGGUGUAGAUGUGAUUUGCCAAAAGACAUGGUUCCAUACCCUUCAAUAUAGUGGCAAAAAUCUCUUUAAAACACAUGUUGAUGUGUUUUUUUAUUAUUUGAGGAAGAAGGCAAAGUACUGUGUCAAUUGUACUAUCAAGUUUAUCACAACUGAUUCUCAUUUCCAGACCAGAAUCAAUUCUAUCUAUGAGACAUUUCUAAGUUGGAAACGUGAUUUUGGGGCGUUGAAUUGUAAUCAAUAUGUUGCAGAAGUUAUCAUGGGCUAUGCCUUGCCUUGCAACAUUUCUUGGUCUAUGGUUGAUCAUGUCUUAUUUCCUAUCUUGGUUAUGAAGGAAAAACAUUGGUUGUUGUGUAGAUUAUCACUUAAAGAUAGGUCAAUGUAUGUAUAUAAUACAUUGACAUGUGAUAACAAGGACCACAUUGCUUUAAAAGCAGUAGAGUCGUUUCGUAUUUUGCUUCCUCAUUAUUUGUAUAUCACUGGAUUUUAUGACCGAACAGACAUAGAUUUCUCAUCUGAGGCUUAUGCUGGGAAGUCAACGAGUUCUGCUUUUGAUGUAGUGCUGGAUGAUGAUUUGCCAUGUGGGUUGUCCUGUGAUAGUGGCAUUCACAUGUUCUCAUUUGCGGAGUACUUUGUUCAAGAUAAGGAUAUUCCAACAUCUACUUUUGAUGUUGAAGCUCAUAGAUCUAGGCUUGCCUUUUUGUUUUAUUCAUAUGCAAAGGCAAAGGAAAUUUAUGGAUAUGAGAGUGAGUCUGAGUAUUCAGGUCGGUAUGUUGCACCUCGCAAGGCUCAAGCAAAGAAGAAAAAGGAAACAAGAAAGGAUAAAGCCAAAUAUGUUUCUUAG